ACGUAACCAUCAUGGGAUGUUGUGCGGCUUACGGCAAUAGAGUAGAACCAUUAGAGCCGAGUGGUCAGGCUCUAGAGGGACCAGUAAAAGACCGAACAUGUCGCGAUGUCUUAUUUCUUAUACUCUUCAUCUGUUUUAUUGGAGGCAUGGGCUAUGUAUCCUAUCUAGGGUUUAUAGCUGGUAAUCCUAAUCGUUUUAUCUAUGGUACAGAUAGCUGGGGUAAUGUUUGUAAUCAAUAUAAUGAUAAAAUACCAGGUUCCAACCUCUCCGGACAAGAUAUGGGACAGCGACCGGUUGUAUUUUAUUAUGAUAAAGAUUUUCUAAAAGAUAUAUCAUCUGGUAAUUACUUGACGUCAUCAUCUGUAUCAGUCUGUGUAUCAAGAUGUCCGAACUCUACUCUUACUACUGUUAAUGAUUUACAAGAUUUUGCUACAAGUUUUAAUUCUAGACUAUGUCGAUAUGACGUGGAGGUCAGUCAGUAUUAUUCUGGUGACGUCAAUGGUACUGGAAGCUGUCCACCUCUACCCGUUGAAGAGACAACUGAGAUAUUCCACCGAUGUAUACCAACUAGUUUAACAUCGAUAUUCAACCAGUUUGGUGAAGUUAUCAGCAGUGUGCUCAAUCUGAUUGAUGAAGAUUUUACUGAAAAAUCCUACUCUGACUUGCAGAAGACAUGGAAGGACAUUUUAUAUCUUACUUCAUUUGCUUUAGCUUUAUCUGUGGUUAUUAUCAUCUUGUUGAGGUUUUUUGCCGGUGUAUUAGUGUGGUCGAUGGUGAUUAUUGUGGUUCUAGCAACUUUAGCUGGUACAGGAUUCUGCUGGUAUAGUUAUUAUCUGAAGUUAACCCAGAAUUGGUUGAUUGGUUCGAUAGUAGCCACUGUUGUUUGUUUAAUUGUUCUGCUAAUAUUACUUGUUAUGAGGAAAAGAAUAGCGUUAGCCGUACAGUUAUUUAAGGAAGCUGGGAAAGCAGUAGGAAGAAUGCCGGUUUUACUCCUUCAGCCAUUUCUCACAUUAACUGUACGCGGUGGUGCCGCUGCUGGAUUGGUCUAUCUGUUCUUGUAUUUAGUUACAGCAAAAAUCAUUAGUGUUGAUGACAGCAAUGGUCACGUGACCUUCAACGACGACCCUAAAAUGAAUUAUCUAAUGGCUUAUUAUGUGUUGGGGUUUCUAUGGAUUAUGGAGUUUAUUGUUGGCUGUGAAAGAAUGUUGAUAUCUGGUGCUGUAGUUCGAUGGUAUUUCACACGGAAUAAAGAUGACCUGAAUUGGCCAAUUUCUAAAUCAUAUAAAACUAUGAUAAGGUAUCAUCUUGGUUCAAUAGCUCUGGGUUCAUUAUUAAUAGCUCUAGUACAGUUUGUUAGGUUAAUAGUGGCAUUUAUUGACGGCAGAUUGAGAGGAAAAGAAAAUCCCAUUGCCCAGGUAUUGCUAAAAAUGUUAAGCUGCUGUUUAUGGUGUUUUGAAAAGUUUUUGAAAUUUCUGAAUGCCAACGCCUACAUCGAAAUCGCUAUUCAUGGAUACAGUUUCUGUAAAGCCGCCAAAUCUGCCAUGUCGGUCAUCAUUAAAAAUGUUCUCCGGGUAGCUGCUGUUAAUUGUGUCGGGGAUUUUCUUCUCUUUCUGGGAAAAGCUGGAACCGUUGCCAUAGUAGCAGUUGUUGGUAUUGAAAUGUUUAGGGAUCGUGUAGAUAUUAAUUACGUAUGGUUACCUAUCACAGUGGCUUGUAUAAUAUCGUAUUUACUCAGUAGCUGUUUCCUCUCCGUAUAUGAGAUGACCAUUGAUGCAAUAUUUAUUUGCUUUGUUGAAGACUGUGAUAUGAAUGAUGGCGAUAAAAAUCCAUAUUUUAUGAGUAAAUCGUUAAUGAAAUAUGUGAAUGGAGGAAAACUGGUGGACAGUAAAGAAGGCAAAGAGAAGUUUUGAUUUGAUAGAAUUUGUGAUAAAACCCAAAUGUGUGAUAUAUAUUUAUAUUUAUCUCUCGAGAUGUUGAGUGCUGUUGUGUUCUGAAAUAUGAGUAUUAUAAAAUUGUAAUUUAACAAUAUUUCACACCCCCUGAAGUAUCUGGUACUAUUACUUUAUAACUGACGUCCAAACGAAUCUACACCAAGACCGAACAAAAACAAUAACAGGCUGCAUAUCAAAAACACACCCCCGGUUGGACAAGCGACCUCACUCCUUGUCACGUACAAGCGGGGAAUAUAAACCACGCCACUCAAUCUGCUUAAAAUAAAUAUCUAUAUUUCUUCUCGUUUUUCUAUACGUUCGUUGGCCUGCACUACUGUAGUGAACACAAAUAAAACGAUAUUUUUAACUACAUUUGUAUAGAUUUUAGUUUUUAGCCAACGAAAGGAGUGCAUUCUUAAAACAUUUUAAAAUAGUAUUCGCGAAUAAGUACCCGAACGUGGGCCGAUAUAAACACGCGAAUUAUUAUGGUUCAAUAACCCACAUAAUUAGCUGUUGUUUCUUUUGAACGUCAGUCAGUAUGUUUACGGUUUAUAUUUGUUAUCUAAGAAGUUGCGAUAUUUUUUUCUCUGUGUUUUGUUGUAAAUGUUGCUUCUUUCCGAAUUGAUAAGUUUAUUAAACAGAUUGGUCAUAGCCCUGAUGUGUCUGUGACCCUAAAGUUGCACCUAUCCUUAUAUAAAUGUAUGUUAUCAGGCUUGGAAAUAACGGUUUUAGAUCUACCUGACAAAAUGUCAGGCACUUCUGCAAUAGUACCUGAUAUUUUCAACUUAAUACCGGACAUGUAUUAAUAAUAUCAAUAAAAAAGACAAAUCAGUGCCAGACAAAAUGACAGGCACCAGAGGUUUAGUGCUGGACAAAUUGAUAGGCACCAAAUGUUUAGUGCCUGACAAAGCUUGAAUCUGUGUCUGGCAUUGUCUGUGACAGGUGUCAUAUUUCCAGGCUUGUAUGUUUUGUAUUUUGUUAUGAUAUGCGAUUUGUUGUGAGAUAUGAUGUUGUUAUCAGUAUUUUUUCAUCGAUUCCUUCCACAUUACAAUCAAAAUCAUGGAAACUAUAUAUACAUUUAGAAUUUCAACAAGCAAGAUAACAAAGAGCCAGGAGAAAUUAUUGCCCUAACGCUGCCACACUAACGAGCAGGUUUCAGGUUCGCUCCCGGUGAUGGAUGAGAAAUUUUCUCAAUCUUUAUCCCCGAGUGGUUUCCCCUUGUCAGUUCCGCCCAAAUAUAACGUCAAAUCCCUUUUCAUUUUUGUGUGGCUUGUUGCGGAGAUAAGUAUUUUAUUUGACCAAUGUGACAUGGUUUGAAAGCAGUUGAAAGAGUGGAAUCAGGAUUCCGUCCAUAUAUAAAUUAUUAUUAUUAAAUUAAAAAUUAUUUUAGUAAUUAUUAUAUAAAGUUAACAUGAAUAUUUGUAGAGACCAAAGAUCGAACCAAGGCCACAUUAAUUUGAUUUUCUGUUCUUCGUCAAUCUGAUUACAACACAGAUCUAUAUUUCGUUUCGUUUUUUUUAUACUUUCGAUGGCCUACACUACAUGAAGAUCUGAACGGUUGUAGCAAAAUGUCCCUAUGGCGUCAGACAUUUGAAUAACUAAUCAGCAUUGAUGUUACUAGUGGAGUUACCCACAGUUCCGUGCAAAACACGCCUAAAGCUCGCAGUAACAGACCGUUUCAUUGGAUAAUCCCUCACACCAUUCAGAACACGUCAAUGAUAACAACUCUUCUAGAUCUUAGUGUAGUAAAGACAAGUAAAACGAAAUUUUGAACUAUAAAAAACGAAGCGAAACAGGAUCUGUGUUUUAAUCAGAUUGAUGGCGCGAUAUAUAACGUGGGUUAUAUAACAACUCUUCUAGGCCCUAGUGUAGUAAAGACAAGUAAAACGAAAUUUUGAACUAUAAAAAACGAAACGAUACAGGAUCUGUGUUUUAACCAGAUUGAUAAUUCACAGUCUUGAUAAAUGCGUAAUAGCAGCUUGAAUCACGUGACAGAUGUUUAGUUUAAAAUUUCAAAACUUGAAGAUGCGUUAUAUAAGAUUAGAUAAAGAGUUGACAGUUCUCGUUUUAAUAGUUAAAGCAUAGAUAAUUAAAAGGGAAUAUCUUGAAAAUUACUUUAUUCUGAGCGCAGUUAGGGCUGUUUUGAUAAUAGCGGAGUCUCGAUUGCCAUGGCUACCGUUGUUACGAUAGUAAACAAAGUCUCGAUUAUCUAUUUUUUAAUUAAAUCAUUAACCGCCAAUCAUGGUUAAAUCCGUUGAAAGUCUCAAACAUUCGAUGGCAUCGAGAGUUGAUUACGGUCUUGACAAGUUAAUGAAUGUCGAAUUAAUAGUUUAUAUAACAUUUCAGGCCCACAGAAAGACAUGCAAUAGACAGAUUUAAGAUUUAGCUCUUGGAUAAUGCAUCUAUAAACAUUUGGGUUGAAUCAUGUGAAAGUUGUUUUGUUUAAAAUUUCAAAACUUAAAACUUCGGAACUAAAAACCUUUGAAAAUCCCGGGAAGACCUGAAAAUUAAACUCUAAAUUGGUUUGGCCUUAGUUCUUUUUAUUGGACCUCUUUCAUUAUUAUUGGAGCCAAGUUCUAUAAAUAUAAAUAAACUAGUCCAAUUUUAUUGGCGCCAAGUUCUAUAAAUAUAAAUAAACUAUAUGCAAUUGUUA